CGCGACUUUUUUUCUUUGCCGGUCGUGCUUAGUCAUCUCCGCGAUAAGAUAACUAAGUUGAACCACCUCAAGACCGAAUAAGAGCGUCAAUCUUCCCCACACCGGUUGGAGAACGAAGAAGCUACUCUUGCUGCGCUUGGACAUCCUCUGUUACCGGCGGACGACUAUCUCGAGAUGCCUGAUGACGAGAUUGAUGCGCUCGAUGCUCUCGAGAGGGAAGCAUCCGAGUUCCAGAAGGAUGCGGAGAUCGACAGGAUUCGAAAUGCCUUCUCACUCGAUGCCUACGCCGUCCUCGAUCUCCAGCCCGGAGUGCCUGAAUCCGACAUCAAGCUCCAGUAUCGCAAGAAAUCUCUUCUCAUCCACCCGGAUAAGACCAAGAAUCCCGCCGCUCCGGACGCUUUCGACCGGCUCAAGAAGGCACAGACGACAUUACUAGACGAAAAGGCGCGCGAGUACCUCGACGAAUGUAUUGCGGACGCUCGCCGGCUCCUGAUUCGAGAGCACAAGUACACGCUCGACUCGCCCGAGCUCAAGACGGAGGAGUUCAAGAAGGAAUGGCGGAAGAAGACAGUCGAGGUGCUGCUGGAAGAAGAAGCGCGACGGCGACGACAGAUGAAGGCGCGCCUGCAGGAAGAGGGACGGCAGCAGCGCAAGGAGGAAGAGGAGCUGGCGGAGCGGAAACGGAAGCGCGAGGCGCAGGACGCAUGGGAGAACACGCGCGACGAGAGAAUCGGCAGCUGGAGGGAUUGGCAGAAAGGCCAUAAGAAGGAUAAGGGGGAGGGAGGCAAGAAGAAGAAAAAGAUGAAAGUGCUGGGAUGAAGCCUGCCAGAAGUCGUUUCCAGCGUUGCUCGGGGUCUCACUAGGCGUCAAGGAAAAGAGGCAGAUUAAUUAGUUGUAUGAUUAUAAUAAU